AUAAAGAAAUUUAAAAGGGAAAUUUUAUAUAAGUAUUUGGCUUAUAAAUGGUCUAACGUGGAAGUGUUACAGAAGAAAACAUUAAUACUGCGCUACAAGACAGAACAACAAAGAUGAGAGGAACUUUAUUGCUAUUUACAGUAUGCUGUGCCGUUCUGGUGAGCACAUCAUUUGGAAAUGACAACGUCUUGAGCGAGAAAGACAGGAACUACUUACUUGCGCACAUUCCUGCGAACCCACCUGCAAACGAAAAAUGCAAUGAUCUGAGGUUGAUGGCUGCAGACGUCGCUGCGUGUGAAAAUGCAAAACAUCCUGUGAAGAAUUCUGAAGAUAUGGAUUUGUAUAGUACGAAACAUAUUCACAGAAGAAGACGUGUCACUGCUCAUUGGCUUGCAUGGCCCAAACAUAGCGAUGGAAAUGUUUAUAUACCAUAUUAUUACGCGACCACUACAAGAAACGUAACACUCGCUUUCGAACAAGCUAUUGCUGACUUCAAUCGUCUCACAUGUAUCAGAUUGAUACCACGAAGAUCUUUCGAUCGUGACUAUAUUCGACUUUUUAGUGGAUCAGGUUGUUACACAUUUCUUGGUCGAAGAGGUGGUUCGCAAGAUCUUUCAUUAGAAGCAUAUACAGGCUGCGCACAAAAAGGAGUGGCUAUUCACGAAAUUAUGCACGUUCUUGGAUUUUACCAUGAGAUGGCCAGAAGGGACCGUGACGAACAUAUUACAAUUCAUUUUAGCAACAUUUACUCGAGUCGAUGGAGACAGUUUCAUAUGCACCCUCAUGGAAAUGGAUCGGUAUGGGGAGAGGAGUACGACCUUCAAUCAGUGAUGCACUAUGGAAACUAUGGAUUCGCCAUUAACAGAUUUAGUCCCACGAUCACGGCAAAACGAAAUCCCAGCCUAGUUUUAGGUCAGCGAUUUGGUAUGUCAACAAAGGAUCGCAACCAAAUCAACAAAAUGUACCGAUGUGAACGGUUUAUUACGCCACUUUAGAGCUGUUACGUGCACUGUAAUUUUUAUACUAUUUACACUGGACUGUUUACCUUUAAUUUUUUGCGUAUAUAUUUUUAUAAGAAGUAAGUUUUAUGCGUAACUCAAAUUUUGCUCCAUAUCCCGAAGAAUAUUCUGCCACGGUAAUUAGUAGACAAAGUUUAAUCUACCUUGUUCGGCUCUUUUUUUUACUCUUCAACAUUCGUUCUGAACACGAAGCUGUUAGAAUCUAACAUCUGCUAAUAAGCAUUAAAAUCUUGGCUAUAAAUGUCACGCAAAUAUUGGAGAAAAAGAAAAGAGUUGAUCAGGAAAAAAAUAUAUACUACUUUUAUUUAUACAACGAAAAACUUUUUGUGAGAAUAUUUUAAAACGUUUUGCUGAACUACUCGGACUAAUCUAAGAAUUUUGCACUCUAGAAUGUUCAUAUUCAGUGAGAUUAUCUGGGCUGGAAUAAAAAUCUAUUUUUCGUUAA